UAUAGAGUGUGUAUCCAAAGAAAGGCGCAAGAAAAGCCAAAAAUGAAGGCUGCAGCUUUUGUGCUACUCUCCCUCCUCCUCCUUCUUCCUCCUCUUCUAAUUUCUUCUACUUUUUUGAAGAGCUUUGUUUCUUCAGUGGUGUUAAUUAUACUGGUUCUUGGUUUUGGAGUUUUUUAUAUAUUUAAUAUUCUGUGGUUAAAGUCAGCUCAAAGACUUCGAUGGAAGCUUCAGAAACAAGGAAUUAAUGGACCUAAACCAUCUCUUUUAUAUGGAAAUGUUCCUGAAAUGCAGAAGAUUCAAGCUGCUUCUCUUAAAGCUCCAGCCAACUAUGAUGAAUUUGUGGCACAUGAUUAUACCUCUUCUCUCUUCCCCUACUUUGAACAAUGGCGAAAACUCUACGGUCCUAUAUAUACAUAUACAACAGGAAACAAGCAACAUUUGUACGUGAACCAACCGGAGCUAGUAAAAGAAAUGAACCAAAGUAAAAGCCUGGAUUUAGGGAAGCCUUCUUAUGUCACCAAAAGACUUGCCCCUAUACUUGGUAAUGGUAUUUUGAGGUCUAAUGGCCACAUUUGGGCCAUGCAGAGGAAAAUUGUAGCGCCCGAAUUCUUCAUGGACAAGGUCAAGGGGAUGGUGAGCCUGAUGUUGCAAUCAGCUGAGCUUUUGACAAGAAAAUGGGAUGAAAACAUUGAAGCGGAAGGGAGUAAAAUGGCGGAAAUCAGCGUGGGAGAGGAUCUGAGAAGUUAUCUGAGAAGUUUUUCAGCAGAUGUGAUCUCAAGAGCUUGCUUUGGAAGCUCUUAUUUCAAAGGCAAAAAGAUUUUCUCAAAGCUUCGAACCCUUCAGAAAAUCAUAUCAAACCAAAGUGUCCUCUUUGAUUCUCCCGCAUUGGGGUUUCUACCAAGUAGGCGGCAAAAGGAGAUUGAGAACUUAGAGAAAGAUAUAGAGUCAUUGAUAUGGGAAGCAGUGAAAGAAAGAGAAAGGGAAUUCUUAGAGACAUCCUCAAAUGAGAAAGACUUGUUGCAUUCGAUACUCGAGGGAGCUAUCAACGACGAUAGUGUAGGCGAGAAUUCGUCCAGGAAAUUCAUAGUUGACAAUUGCAAGAACAUAUACUUUGCAGGUCAUGAGUCCACUGGUGUUGCUGCAUCAUGGUGUCUCAUGCUUCUGGCUUUGCAUCCAGAAUGGCAAUCUCGUAUACGUGACGAAAUGGCUCAAAUUUGCCCCGAUGGCGUCCUAGAUGCAGAGUCAGUCUCCAAAAUGAAAAUGGUGACAAUGGUUAUUCAAGAAGCGAUGCGUUUGUAUCCGCCAGCAGCAUUUGUGUCAAGGGAGGCAUUGGAAGAUACACAGAUUGGUCGCAUUGUAGUGCCAAAAGGUGUAUGCUUGUGGACUUUGAUCCCAACACUGCAUCGUGACCCUGAGAUAUGGGGACGAGACGCCAAUGAAUUUAAGCCAGAGAGAUUUGAGAAUGGAGUUUCGGGUGCUUGUAAAUCGCCACAAGUUUAUAUCCCAUUUGGACUAGGUCCUCGCCUCUGCUUAGGUAAGAAUUUUGCGAUGGUGGAACUCAAGAUUGUGAUUUCACUUAUCAUUUCCAAGUUUCGCUUCUCCCUUUCUCCAAAAUACAAGCACUCGCCAGCUUAUAGGAUGAUUGUAGAACCAGGCCAAGGAGUGCACAUUGUUGUUGAGAGAUUGAAACAAGGCUGACAAUGGUUUAUAUGCUUUAGCAUCAGCACACUCUUGCUCUUAUUUCCCCCUUCUUUUUAUUCCUUUCAGCUAGUGUUAAAGUGUAAAUGUCGAUGCAUAAAUGAUUACAUAGUUGUGUGAUACUUAGAUGAGUAGACUUUUUCCCUUGUUCACUAACAUGAAAAAUGGUCUCUGGAUGGGAUAGUGAUUUUUGGAUAGAGCAUUGUCCUCUAAUUGCUAUAUUCUUCUUUAUAAUAAAAAGUAGAGAAUUAAUAGUUCGUCGAACAAA